CGCGCGUGCCGGGCCGUUGGGUCAUUCUCGCCCAGGGCGUCCUCCCGUCCGGAGGGCGGCGCCAUGCUGCGCAGGCUGACCCUCGAGCAGAUCAACGACUGGUUCACCGUCGACAAGAAGGUGACCAACGUGGAGCUGCUGGGCUCCCCGGCGUCCUCGGCCCGAGGCCGGGGGAGGGCGCGGCCCGCCCCGCCCGCCAGCGGGGAUUCUAAGCAAAAAAGUCCUGAAAUGGAAUAUGUUGAGAAAUACAGACGACUGGAAGCAAACGAAUUUACCACUUACUGUAAUGAUCUUGCAAACAGUGGAUCAGCUUUAAGGCCACCGUUAAGACAGACAAAAAAGUUGAUCCAUGUACGAGAAACAAACUACAGGUAUCCUGUCCUGCCAAUAACUAGGUGUAAGGAUGAGGUGGUCUCCUUGAUCGAAAACAAUUCAGUUGUAAUCAUACACGGGGCAACCGGUAGUGGUAAAAGUUCCCAAGUUCCACAGUUCAUAUUGGAUUACUAUUCUCAGCGCUCUGCCUACUGCAAUAUUGUGGUUACCCAGCCCCGAAAAAUUGGGGCCAGUAGCAUCGCCAGGUGGAUUAGUAGAGAGCGGUCUUGGGAUUUGGGGUAUUUAGUAGGCUACCAGGUUGGGUUAGAGAAGUUAGCAAGCAAAGAUACAAAAUUAAUUUACAUGACAACGGGAGUGCUGCUUCAGAAAUUAGUUGGUGCCAAAAGUCUUAGGGAGUUCACUCAUAUCUUCAUUGAUGAGGUGCAUGAACGCACUGAGGAAAUGGAUUUCCUCCUCUUGGUGGUCCGCAAGCUUUUAAGGACAAAUUCCCGUUUUGUAAAGGUAAUCUUGAUGUCAGCAACCAUCAAUUAUAGAGAGUUUGCAGACUACUUUGCUAUUCCAUUUCGCAAUAAAAUGAAUCCUGCUUCUGUAUAUGAAGUGCAAGGGACACCCCAUUCAAUUGAAGAAUUCUACCUUAAUGAUUUGUUGCAUAUUACUCAUGCGAAGAAGCUUACUCCUCAGGUUCAUGAUGAACCAAAGAUAACUGAAGAUAUAUAUGCGGUUGCCAUCUCAUUGAUCCUCUUUUUCGAUGAUUUGGAAAUGCGAGACAAUGGGGACCCGACCAAGUCAAGUUCGAGAUUUUUGCCAGAACGUAGUAGCGUGUUGGUAUUUUUGCCAGGUUUAGCUGAAAUAAAUCACUUGCUUGAAGUACUUACAAACGUGGUUCACAAAAGAUUGCAGGUAUAUCCACUUCAUUCAAGUGUGACUUUGGAAGAACAGAAUAGUGUCUUUUCACCUCCUGUCCCUGGUUACAGAAAGAUCAUCUUAUCUACAAAUAUUGCUGAAAGUUCCGUCACAGUUCCUGAUGUCAAAUAUGUCAUCGAUUUUUGUUUGACUAGAACUCUAGUUUGUGAUGAAGAUACUAAUUAUCAGAGUCUGAGGCUGAGUUGGGCUUCUAAAAUCAGCUGUGAUCAAAGAAAAGGUCGUGCCGGACGUGUUUCUAAGGGCUACUGUUACAGGCUAGUAUUUAAGGAGUUCUGGACAAACAAUAUACCCGAUAUUACAGUUCCCGAGAUGUUGCGUUGUCCAUUAGGAAACACAAUCUUGAAAGUUAAAUUACUUGACAUGGGGGAGCCAAGAGCUCUGUUGGCAACUGCCCUUUCUCCACCCAGGCUUAAUGACAUUGAACGCACCAUCCUUCUACUAAAGGAGAUAGGGGCACUUGCCAUUAGUGAGCACAGAGAAAAUCCUCAUGAUGGUCAACUGACCUUCUUAGGAAGAGUUUUGGCUCAUCUUCCUGUGAAUCCACAUCUGGGCAAACUAAUAGUUCUUGGGCACGCCUUUGGAUGCCUUGAAGAAUGUCUUAUCAUAGCUGCAUCUCUCUCUUUGAAGAAUUUUUUUGCAAUGCCUUUCAACCAGCAUUUUGAUGGAUAUAGAAAUAAAGUGAACUUUUCAGGAAGUAGUAGAAGUGAUUGCCUUGCCCUUGUAGAUGCAUUUAAGAGCUGGCAGGACUGCAAACAACGAGGAGAACUGAGGCAUCCAGAGGAUGAACUUGAGUGGGGACGAUCAAAUUGUAUUCAGAUCAGGAGAAUUAAAGAGGUGGCUGAAUUAUUUGAAGAGUUGAAGAACAGAAUCAAACAGUUCAACAUGCUCGUUGUGACCCAGCCUCCUGCCGUGGAUCCCGAAUAUGUGUACAAGCAGCGCUUCAUCAUUCAGGUUGUUUUGUCUGGUGCUUUUUAUCCAAAUUACUUCACUUUUGGAUACUGUGAUGAAGAAAUAGCUACAAGGGAAUUGUGUGGCAAAGAUCCUAAAACCACCAUAAUGCUGAAGCACAUUCCUCCAUAUGGAUUCCUUUACUUUAAACAGCUCCAGGCUCUUUUUAGACCAUGCGGUCAAAUAAAAUCCAUUUUAUUUGAUGGUAACAAAGCCUUUUUGGAGUUUUCUCGUAAUCCGGUGGAAAGGUUUAAAGUUCAUCCUGGAGUAUACAUGGCCAUGAAAAUGGCACAGUUAAGAAUUCCCCUGGAGCUCAGUAUUCAUUCCGCAGAAGAUAUUGAAGUCAAGUUUAAAGGAGAAAGUUCUGUCACAAGCCUGAGGCAGAAAAGAGUGCAGGUGGAUUUACAGAGGCAGGUGAUAAAUCCUGUGUAUAAUUCAUCUGAUAUUCUGGAAUGGUCUCAAAUGAUCAAAAAUGCAGUUUUAUCUGUCAGCGUCACAGAGGUGGUAGAAGUUGGACAUUUUUGGGGUUAUAGGAUUGAUGAGCUGAACUUGAUUAUGCUAAAAAAUCUCACUACUGAGAUCAACCAGACAAAACUGAUGCCACUGCCAAUGCAGCCCUAUCCUGAUUUAGUUUGCCUGGCACCAUAUACUGAUUUAGGCACCGAGAAGUACUUCAGAGCCCAGAUCCUGAAUAUUUAUGGAAAUUCUGCCAAGGUGUUCUUUCUAGAUUACGGUAAUAAAUCUGAGGUGACGUUAGAUCUUUUAAGGAUGAUUCCAAGCUGUUUUCUGGAGCUUCCAUUUCAGGCUUUAGAAUUUAAGAUUUGCAGGAUGCGUCCAUCCGCCACGUCCCUCGUGUGUGGAGAAUACUGGUGUCAUGGAGCCAGUCAAAGAUUCGCUUCUUUAAUCAGAGGCUGUGCCGUUAUAGUGAAGAUUUUUUCAGUUGUGCACCGCGUUCUGCACGUGGACGUGUUCCGUUACUGUGGAGUAAGGAAAGCUAAGAACAUUCGAGAUGUGCUCAUCGUGGAGAAUUUUGCUGAACCGGCAGAGGAGUCACAUGAAUCGAAACAGUGCAGUGAAAACCUAAAGGAAUUAUUUUCCAAAUCCAUAGAAAACAAUUUCCAAAGAGUUUCCAAGUCAAGUCUUGUAAAGGAGAAUGAAAAGUGUCAGAUCCAGAAGCUAUUAGAGAGUUCUUCGACUAAUAAAUUUGGAACCAAAAGACAGAAGGCGACGCUCCAAGGUCCUUAUAAUCCUUUUGAACUCAAGUGUCACAGUAUGACUCGAAUAUCCCGGUUCAGGUCCGUUUGGAUUGAAAAGGAGAGCAUCAAUUCCAUCAUCAUCAGAAAUGCCCCUGAAGACAUAUGCCAGAGAAUGUUGGUAGCUGCUUCUCUAUCAAUAAAUGCGUCUGGCUCUUCAAUGUUGUUAAGAGAAACUACUCUGCUCCCUCAUGUUCCUGGAUUGCCAGCUCUCAUCAACAUCCUGUUCUCUCCUGUUGUGGAACUAAGGAUUGAUAAGAAUGCAAGCUACUUUACCGGUGCCCUCUGUGGACUGGGCUGGAAGCCCAAUGUUGAUACACCAGUUCUGCCAGAACAUGACAUUGAGCUGGCGUUUGACGCCCAGAUUACUGUGGAGGAUAUCGUUCAGAUAAACAUUCUCCGGGCAACUAUUAACAAGCUUGUUUGCUGUGGUCCCAGUGAAUCCAGUUUUCUCAAACAAGAAGUAAUUGCUCAGUUACAAGGCACUAUUCGUCAGAAGCUUUUAAAUUUAGUCUGCGGAUCGCAAUCCCGAGAAGCAAUUGUUCCCCAGUGGUAUUCAAAACCAUACGAAUGGAAUCAGGUGGAUCCAAAAUUCAUCGUGAACCAGUUUGAAAGCAACGGUGAAGGAGGGAACAGUCCAUUUCUGUAUCAGCCUCAUAAACUUGUCAUAUUAAAUGCAUAAGUAUUUUACUG